UGUUGUUUUUUUUACAGUCAUUUUUGACACAUAGUAUGAAAGAAAUAGUUUUGAAUUGCAUUUGAUAUAUUGUAUGCUUUGACCAAUGAUCAAUGUCCACAAAUUUUAUGACCUCAUUGUAUGUUCUUCAAAAAAACAAACUGCUUGUGGGAUCAUUAAAAUCGUAAUUUCAGGUGGUUUUCUUUCGAAGUAAAACAAUUUCACACGUUUGAAUGUGACUCAUGAUGAUCACGAAAUUUACCAGAAGCAUCAUCCUUUCUUCACAAAGAGCGCAGAUCUUAGCGUUUCUCAUUUUUGAUUAAAGUCUCGAUAUUUUUCACGACUCGAUGAUUUAAUUAUUGACACUCAGAGAUAACUUUAAAUUUUCUAGUAGAUUUAUUGUAGAAAAAUAGAACAAAAAGUCUUAUCUUGAGUCAGGAAGAAACGCAAAUUUUAGAUAGUGAUAUUUGUAUUUCAAGAGUUCAUUUUUAGGCGACCAGCUGUACCUUUGCUGUGUUUGAAAUAAUUCUAAUCAACUUAUACAAUAAGAAUAUUAAUGCAGCUUACAAACCGACCAUAUUCGCCUCAAUUCAUUGUUCAACAUGACAAGUUUGAUUUGUUUUUACGUGGUUUGGUUCUUGUAAAUUCGCUUCUUUUUGUAAUGAUUUGCCAAAGAAAGUUUUUCGUAUGCAAAUUUAAUAGGAUAAUCAGUUCAUCUCUCAUUUGAGAAGAGCCUCAUUUCAACACUGUUCUUUUGCAUCGUGAAAUUUUUCACUAUCAAUCUAUGAUUGUUGAACACCGUUCAUGUUCACAUUGACGUGCAUGUACGACUAUAUUAUCACAGUCCUUGUGUCUUAAAUUCAUUACACUAGCAUGCUAUCUACAUUUCUAGCGCAAUCACAAUAUUUCACGAAUAAUUUGAAUCAAUUCAGCCCAAACUUGAUCAUGGAAUCCGCGUUGAAUUUGACGAGUCCCCGGGAAAGUAUUGAAAGUAACCUUACCAUCAGAAGCAAAAAUGACACGUCGGAGCUACCAAUUUAUCAUGGCUAUAACACAGAGAACAUUAUUUCAGCUGUGUUGUCCUUUAUUUUGACAUGUAUUGUGGUGAUUGGUAAUGGUAUGGUUAUGCUUGCUUAUAAAUUCAACUAUAAAUUGCAAACAGUUACGAACAUGUGUUUCGUAAGUUUAGCUUUUUCUGACUUUCUUGUUGGUCUGAUCUCAAUUCCACUGUGGAUCCAUUAUUCUUUCAAAGGCAUCUCAGAUAGGAACCUCUAUUUGUUUUACAUUUCAUUCGAUAUUUUUAACGGAACUGCGUCCAUAUUCCAGUUAACUGCGAUAAGUAUAGAAAGGUGUUUCUCUAUAGUCGCCCCAGUGCGUCAUCGUUCCCUGUCUGUGCUCUCUUAUUAUGCCAUGAUAUUUUCUGUUUGGUUUUUGGCAAUUGUUAGUACCUUACUGCGGUUAUUACCUCAAAAAAAGGUCACCGGUGGUGAUUGGUACAAUAUUUAUACACUUUUGGUAUGUUUUGUGUUACCAGUAUUCAUUAUGAUAACGUCCUAUACAUUGCUGUUUCGAACGGCGGUGAAGAGGAAGGAUCUCAGCUUUCGUUCGACGAAGAAUCAACAAGUAACUUGGUCAAGUCAGAAAAAAACGAUAAAAACACUGCUUAUUGUCACUGGAUUAUUUGUUGUUGCUUGGGCUCCAUUUUUCGUUUAUAUUGCGUUGGUUCGUUAUCUACCGUCUGCAUUGCCUAGUAAUCUUGAAGACCGAACCCGUCUCUGGAGAUUUGUGAAGUGGAUGCAUUAUAUUAACAGCUCUCUUAAUCCGUUUGUUUACUCUUGUCGUAACAAAGAAUUUAAUAUUUCUUUUAAAGUUUUGUUUUGGGCUCUUGUAAAAUGCAAAAGCUUUAAAGAGGUGAACCGACAGUUUAAACGACAUGUACGAUGCAGUACACUUACAGCAAGAAGUUCGUUCAGAGAUUUUAAUGAACACAGGGGCAUGAGACAAAAUUACAACGAAGAAGACAUUGAACUUGACACAAAUGAACCAGAACAAACGCAAGCGAUCAUUAUUGAUUCCAAUGCAAAUACAAAAUAAAUGCUGCACAUGUUUACUGUACUAAGAAUUAUUUUACAGCACAUAAGACACAAAAUUCAAAAUUAUUGUUUUGUAACUUUCAUCAAACAGAUCAUCUUACAACUUGGUCACUAUGCAAUAAUGCCUGAGGACUGGAUGCCACUUGAAGUUCGAUCUCGUUGAAAUUGACCUUUGGUUGCAUUAAAUAUGAUAUUCGCUGCAAAGGGAUUGUUAAAAUAAGAGAAUGUUCAUAGAUAUACAGUUAAGUAUUGGUACCUCUUUAAUCGUUCCUGAUGUCUGCAAGAUUUUCAACAUUGCAUAAGCAGGAAUACAAACCAUUGGAAGAGCUGCUAUACACCAUCCUAACACCUCGGCCCACACUGGAUAUCUGUAUGUUGUCUCAUAUGUUAUCCCCUUUUCUGGAUAUUUUAUCAAGUUGAAGAAAAAAACCGUCUGUAAAUAAACGAUAACUGUUAAGAUGUCACAAUGUUUCUUCUAAAGCAAAACUUUCACUUACAGCAACCAAUAUCAAAGAGAUAUACUUCCAACAGAUCAGCCACCAAGAAUGGAUUCGUGUUCCCGUUAAAUUAUAGAUCACAUUAAUCCACCUUCUUCCACCUGUCAUUGUUAUAAUUUAUAUAAGUACUUUUGUUAAUCUCGCUGCCUGUUAAAACUUACCAAAAACCCAGGCCAUCACAAAUAACUCGAAUAUCACCACGAACAACAAGCACACUCCGGCAGCAAAAGAAUCCAACAGAUUAAAGACGUAUACUCCACCCUUAAGAAAAUAUAGUUUAAUUAUGGAUUAUCGUUGAAAACACUAAUAAAACUUUUCACCUGUGUUAUGCAUGAAAUUCCAAGAAGAAAUUCUACGAAACAGACUGUAAAUACGAUGAUUUCUUUGUAGCGAUGUAGCUUUUGGGGGUAUUUCUCGAUAAUGGCACUGCAGAUUACUUCAACUUGACCGAACUGUUUCGAAAAAAGAAUAAAAACUUUAUGGAGUGGAUAAUUCUGUUGACGUAUUGUCUUCCUACGUACCUGACUGUCUAAUCCGAGCGUGAUUAGCAUAAAAAAGAAUAUUACUGACCAAAAUUGAGGAAUAGGAAGUUUGGAAAGAGCUUCGGGAUACACUAUGAAAACUAGACCAGGUCCUUGGGAUGCAACAUCUUCCACUGAUUUUCCUUGCAGCAUCGCCAUAUUUCCAACGACAGAAAAUAUCACAAAACCGGCAAAGAUACUUGUGCCACAGUUAACAAUAGAUAUUAAUACAGCGUCUCUUUAAGAAUAAAGAGGAAAUUUGGUUUUAAUGAUUGCGCGUGUUUCUUUGUGAUCUUCAAUCGUUACCUAUAUAAAGUGGUGUUGUUUCUGUUAUUGUAACUGGAAAAACCAAGAAUAACUCCAAGACCAAUCGCUAAGGAAUACAUGAUCUGAGACGCGGCGUCCACCCAAACCUUUGAUAAAAAAUUACACAUAUUUCAAUUUUUGAUAUAGCUGAACAAGUUGUUGCUCUCUUUUUAUCAUCAUUUAUCUAACUUUCAAGUCCAUUAGACUGUGUAAUCUUGGUUUGACAUAAUAUAGUACGCCAUCACCGGCUCCAUCUAACGUAACACCACGAAAGAACAAAAUGAGAAGUAUGAGAUAUGGAACUGUCGCUGUGACGUAGACAACCUGAAACAUCAACGACAUGAUAUUAUCAUUGCGGCAUCUUGAGAAAAAUGAUAAACCAUGUUUAAUGCCUUCAACGCUGAAUUGUAAACUAACUUUUCCUGUUGUUCGUAUCCCUUUCCAAAUGCAAAAGUAGACAAGAGUCCAUGCGAGCAACAAACAACCAAACAUUUCCCAAUUUAUAUUGCCUGGUGUAUCUAUUCCAUGGGUCAACUGCAACACUUUCUUUCUGUGAGAAAUCUAAUAUGUAGGCAUUGUUUGAAUUUUAGAUAAUUUUUUUUAUAGACUUACACGUAAAAUUCUCUGCUUGACGAAACCCUAGAGGUAUUAUGGUUGGAUUUAUUUGAAAUAAAACAGUCUUCGUUCCAUUUGUUAUUGCAGCCAACCCAAGGGAGAUUGGAUUUGAAUGAAUUAAAGAAGUAAUAACAGGACCAAGCGAGAAUGAUGUUAUAGUAAACUGACACCAUAAAUGAAAUCACCAUGUUUGCAUAACCAAUACCUAAAAAUUUAUAAUUUAUGUAUGUAUCACCAGGAUUUGGUAGAAAGCAUUCACAAUGGCGUCCUUCCCACGUUAAUUGGGGCGGAUUCAUAUAUUCUGCUUUUCCUGGCCUGAGAAAUUAUCCAUGAAAAAUAUAUUCACAGCGAGUUACCUCCAAA